AUGUCCGGCCGACGCGACUUCCUGAGCCAGCCGGCUCCCGAGAACUACGUCGCAGGUCUCGGUCGCGGCGCCACGGGCUUCACAACACGAUCCGAUCUUGGCCCGGCGCGCGACGGUCCCAGCGAAGACCAGAUCAAGGAGGCGCUGGCCAAGCGAGCCGCGCAGCUGGGCAUCGCGCAGGACGGAAAGGACGGCAAGAAGGGCAAGGACGACCAGGGCGACGACGCCAACGACGAAGCCCGAUACCAGGACCCCGAUAACGAGGUGGGCUUGUUUGCCGGCGGCGUCUACGACAAGGACGACGAAGAGGCGGAUCGCAUCUGGGAAUGGGUAGACGAGCGCAUGGACCGGAGGAAGCGGCAGCGAGAGGAGCGGGAGCAGGCCGAGCGCGAAGAGUUUGAGCGCAACAACCCCAAGAUCCAGCAGCAGUUCUCCGACUUGAAACGAGCGCUGGGUACGGUCACGGACGACGAGUGGGCCAGCCUGCCCGAGGUUGGCGACUUGACAGGCAAGAACCGAAGAAGCAAGCAGGCCCUGCGCCAGCGGUUCUACGCGGUGCCGGACAGCGUGCUCGCGGCGGCGCGAGACUCGACCGAGAUGGGCACGACAGUCACCGACGACGGGACAGCGACGGGACGGGAAGGCGGCGACGGGACGAUGACCAACUUUGCCGAUAUUGGCGCGGCCCGCGACAAGGUGCUCAAGUCGAGGCUUGAGCAGGCGUCGCAGAGUGCCGGCACCGAGUCCUCGGUGGCCGGCAGCGCCUCGACCAUCGACCCGCAGGGCUACAUCACCAACCUGAACAAGAUGCAGAUGAACGGGCAAGCCCAGGUCGGCGACAUCACCCGCGUGCGGGAGCUACUGCAGUCCGUCGUCAAGACGAAUCCCAACAACGCCCUGGGAUGGAUAGCCGCCGCGCGACUGGAGGAGCUGGCAGGCAAAAUCGUUGCCGCGCGAAAGACCAUCGACAAGGGUUGCGUGCAGUGCCCGAAGAGCGAGGACGCCUGGCUGGAGAACAUCCGACUCAACCACGAGUCGCCAAACGCAAAGAUCAUUGCCCGCAAGGCCAUCGAGUCGAACCCCAAAUCUGUCCGGCUCUGGGUCGAGGCGAUGAACCUGGAGAACAUUCCUAGCAACAAGAAGCGCGUUAUCCGCCAGGCGCUGGAUAACGUGCCGAAGUCCGAGGCCCUGUGGAAGGAGGCCGUCAGCCUGGAGGACGACCCCAGCGACGCGAGACUCAUGCUGGCCAAGGCCACGGAACUCAUCCCCCUCUCGGUCGAUCUAUGGUUGGCCCUGGCGCGACUCGAAACCCCCGAGAACGCGCAAAAGGUGCUCAAUAAGGCUCGUAAAGCCGUCCCGACAUCGCACGAGAUUUGGAUUGCGGCCGCGCGGUUGCAGGAGCAGCUCGGCCAGGCGGACAAGGUCAAUGUCAUGAAGCGAGCGGUGCAGGUGCUAGCUAAGGAAUCAGCGAUGCCCACGCGCGAAGAAUGGAUUGGCGAAGCCGAGAAGUGCGAGGAGGAAGGGGCAACAGCCACCUGCCAGAACAUCAUCUUCGAGACGCUGGGCUGGAAACUGGACGAGGACGACGACCGAAAGGAUAUCUGGAUGGAGGACGCGCGGGCGAGCAUCAACAGGGGCAAGUACGCAACUGCUCGGGCCAUCUACGCCUACGCCCUACGAGUCUUUGUGCACAGUAAGACUAUGUGGACGGCUGCGGCCGACCUGGAGAGGAAUCACGGCACCAGGGACGCCCUCUGGCAGCUCCUUGAGAAGGCCGUGGAGGCGUGCCCGCGCAGCGAGGAUCUGUGGAUGAUGCUGGCCAAGGAGAAGUGGCAGGCCGGCGCCGUGGACGGGGCGCGACUCGUGCUCAAGCGCGCGUUCCAGCAGAACCCCGACAACGAGGACAUUUGGCUGGCGGCCGUCAAGCUCGAGUCGGACAGCGGCAACGUGGACCAGGCGCGCAAGCUGCUGCAGAUUGCGCGGGAGCAGGCGUCGACGGACCGGGUGUGGAUGAAGAGCGUGGCCUUUGAGCGCGUGCACGGCAACCCCGAGGCGGCGCUCGACAUGGUGCUCACGGCGCUGCAGCGAUUCCCCGCGUCACCAAAGCUGUGGAUGCAAAAGGGGCAGAUCUACGAGGACCAGGACAAGAUAGGCCAGGCUCGGGACGCGUACGCCACGGGCGUCAAGGCGGUGCCCCGGUCGGUGCCGCUGUGGCUGCUCUACUCGCGGCUCGAGGAGCGGGCGGGCCUCACCGUCAAGGCGCGGUCGGUGCUGGACCGGGCGCGUCUCGCAGUGCCCAAGAGCGCGGAGCUGUGGUGCGAGUCGGUGCGGCUGGAGCGGCGAGCCGGCAACCUCCCGCAGGCCAAGUCGAUGAUGGCGCGCGCGCAGCAGGAGGUGCCCAAGAGCGGGCUGCUCUGGGUGGAGCAGAUCUGGCACCUGGAGCCGCGGACGCAGCGCAAGCCGCGCAGCCUCGAGGCCAUCAAGAAGAUCGACAACGACCCGCUGCUGUUCGUCGGGGUGGCGCGCAUCUUCUGGGCGGACCGCAAGCUCGACAAGGCGCAGAACUGGUUCGAGAAGGCGCUGGUGCUGGACCCGGACUGCGGCGACAGCUGGGCCUGGUACUACCGCUUCCUGUGCCAGCACGGCACCGACGAGAAGCGCGAGGAGGUGGUGUCCAAGUGCGUCCAGAACGAGCCCAAGCACGGCGAGGCGUGGCAGGCGGUGGCAAAGGACCCGGCCAACGCGCUCAAGACGACCGAGGAGGUGCUCAAGCUCGUCGCGGCGGGGCUGGAGCAGUGA